AUGAAAACUGUUGUGCUGCUGUUGCUGCUGCCGCUUUUGGUGUCUGCGCUGCCCAAGCUGGAGCCGAAAAAGGAUGAGCUGCCGCUUAACUUUGCCAGCGAGGCGUCUCAGCUGAUUGCUACACAGCUGCUGAAGCAUAACAAAGACAUUGAUGCCAAUCAGGUGCAUUCACCACUGGGCGUGGCUGCUAUACUCGCUGUGCUAGCCGAAGCUGCCGAAGGCGAGACCUACGCUGAGUUUGGCAAAGUUUUUGACUUUCCGCAGCAGCGCAGUGCGGUGCGCGCAGCUUUUGAGCGCAUUCUGGGCAGCUAUCAAAAUCGCGAUGCGGCUGUGCCGUUGCCUUCGUUCCAGACCUGGUUCUAUGUCUAUCGCAAUCACAGCGUGCGUGAGGAGUAUAAGCAGCUGCUGCAGCGUCACUACUAUGUCGAAGUGAAGGACAUCAAUCGCCAGGACUAUGACUGGAGUGAGCCGAAUACUUCGCUAACUUUGGAGGGCAGCGCGCUGAGCAGCGAAAGCACCGAAUCGAGCAAUGGCAAGGAUGUCAUUGGCUUUGAGACGCUCAAGCGCAUCAAUGUGGAUGACAUAGAAGCUUCGCCGGCGGCGGCUGCGGCUACGGACAACUAUGGUGAGGAGGUGCUGAACAAGCAGGCGUCCAAAUUUGACCGCGAGGUGGACGACAAGCAGUAUGUGGAAAAACCUGUUGCCUUGGCCGAGGUAACGGAAGCAGUGGAAAAACUAGAAAAACCAGCUGAACUAAUGCCCAACAAAGAGGAGGAAAAUCCAGCCGAGAAGCAGCAGAACAAACGCAGCGACGAUGCACAGAUGCCCGCUGUGGAGGAGAACGAGACGGUGCAGGAGGAUGAAAAGCUGCGCAAGCAACUGAACGAGCCGCUGACCGCCAAUGAACCCGAGAAGGUGCGUCUACCCUUGCAGAAACUGGAAAAUGCUGUCAAGAGCAUGGUGAAGGAAGGCGCCGAUGAGAUAAUGAUUGCCUUGGAGUCGCAUCUAAGCGAAGUGGCGCGCGCCUAUGCUGGACGCAGUUUGUUCCGUCAGGACGACAUUGCCUCAGCGCUGAGUGCCAAUUCGAUAACCGGACGUCAAUUGGACUCCAAGUCGAAGAUGCUGCUGUUCAAUGGUCUUUACUAUCGCGGCAGCUGGGCACAGCCUUUCUAUCAGCUGCGCGAUGGCAGCGACGAGUUCUUCUUCAUGACCAACGAGGAUGCAGUAAAGACAGCAAUGAUGCACACACGUGGACAGUUCAAUGUUGCCGAGCUGCCGCAUCUGAAGGCGCGCGUGCUAUCGCUGCCCUAUGAGCAGGCCAAGUAUGCGCUACACAUAGUGCUGCCCAACGAUCCAGAAGGUCUCACCGAUGUCAUAGCCAAGCUGCAGCCGAGCGAUUACAAAUACGCGCGUGAGCAUGUGCAGCUGAAGCAGCUGCAUGUAAUACUGCCCAAGUUCCAGGUGGAGGAAACCUCACGCUCCGAAGCAAUGCUCAAGCAAUUGGGUCUGAAGCGUCUCUUCUCGCGCACUGAGGCGCAGCUCAGUCUGCUGUCCGACGAUGAGGAUGUGCAUGUGGAUGAAAUUGUGCAGUUUGUGAAUGUGCGCGUCGAUGAGGGCGGCAGUGGAGCCAACUCCUUAUCGGCGGCCACCAUGCAGGCGCGCACGCCUGCAGCCGAGACAACUGAAACGCUGCCCGUGCCUGAGCCAGAGCCGGAGCCUGCAGGUGUUGAGCGCUUUGAGGUGAAUCAUCCAUUCGCUUACUUUAUCAUGGACUGCGAGCAGCAGUUUGUGCUCGCCUCGGGCAAAGUGUAUGCGCCAGAGUUUAAGGAUGAGCUGCCGCCAGUGUCCAUUGAGAUUGAACUGGAGCAAGCUUAAUUUAUAUCAAACACAUCAUUAGUUUCUAAGUUAUAUAACGAAUUUUCACCGAAUACGCAUAAAAUAAACGCAGCGAGAUUUUCAUUUUUACGCUUUCGAGUUUUCCCAGCCACUUGA